UAUUAAAAAAUGGCGGUAACCAGCACAAGUAAACGCGACGGUCUAUUUACAAAUUGUUUUAAACAUCUUCAGUCCACUUUAGAUUACGUUACUAAAUACUCAAACAAUCCGACAGCUCAUAUAAACUCUUUAAAAGGUAUCGCAAAAGAUUACAGCGAAUUGGAUAUUACAUACAAACGGUCUCGGAAAGCUUACGAUGCCACAGAGAAGUAUUUUCAAGAUAAAGACGACUGCAUUGAAGAGUCUGAGAAAGUGUUCGAAAGAUUUUUGCAAGAGGAACCUUUACGAUCGUACGAAAAUCAUCCCAUUUGGCAAGCGAUCAAAAAUGCAGGUAACGGUGAUGCAACAGCAUCAGUAGAACUAGAGACAGAACACGAAGUAGAUGUCAAUAGAAGUAUUGAAGAAGAAGGAAUAGUUCCUUCUCAGUUUGAACCACCUGUCGAUCCAAUCACGAAGAAAAUAAUUCAAAAUCCAUGCCGAAAUCAGAAAUGUGGACACGUUUACGAAUACGACUCUAUUAAAGAGCAUUUAAAAAGAAUAAAAUUAAAUAAGGUGAAAGCGAGGUGUCCCUACAUCGGUUGCACAAAUAUGAAUAUGACAAAGUCUUUCAUUAUUGCAGACAAUGAGUUACGCGAUCAGAUUUUAACGUACAAUACACAAACUACUCAGGAAGACUUUGAGGAAUCUACAUCUGAAAUAUUAUAGACUGUUACGUUGGUUGAAUAAAAUUAAAGUGAAUUUCAGUUUUCCUGUUUGUUUACAAUUUCUAGUGCACACUUACAAGUCGCCGACAUUCCUUUACAUCUAUUAUGCUUUAAACAGGCUUGUGGCACAAUUACACAUGACCACAGCUUAAACAAUAGGUACCUAUUCUUCAAUUCUUUAUAAUAAAUGUCGAUUUAAAUCUA